AUGGGUUCUAUGGAGCUCCCUCCCGAUGUGCUGGCAGAGUAUAUGGCCUGGAACGCCCUGCAGCAAGACAAGGCCAAGCGAUUCCAAGCGCUGUUCGUUGGCUUGCUCGGAGCAGCUAUGCUAGUCAAGUGAGUGGUCCCGCAACCAUUCCAUCAACUCACAGCUGACCAAUGACUGUCUCGCCGUGCAGUCUACUAAGCUAUCUGGACCAUCAUUUGGACAUCAAGCGAGCGGAGAGAGCUGCGAAGACGGUCGAAAGUGCCUCAUCUGGCGACGAGCGCGAGAUGGCAUCAAUCAGCACGAUCGAAAAAUUUCUCAGAGCUAGUAUAGCUGCCUACCACAAGUACCUUGUCUGCACCUCGGUGCCGAUCUGGCACAUGAGCAUGAUGGAACUGCUGAUCAUCAUCAGCUACGCCGCGUGCAUGUUUGGCAUCCUCUUUGGAGACGGUGAGAGAGGAGCUUCGUCAGCGUCUUUGUUGGUACGUGCAGAGCACUGACUGGCUUCAUCUGUUGUAUGAUUGGCAGCGCCCGAUUUGAAACGCCCAGCGUACAGUCCUGGAUGGAGCAAUCGGGCAGGCAUCAUGGUGUUCGCAUCUCUGCCAUGGGUAGGUUGAGGGGACACGCUCCCCUCCCCUCCCCGCCGUCAAGCCAAUCAACCGACAAGCUUACCUUCCUUGCCUCUCCAGGUGGUCCUUCUGGCCGGCAAAAACAGCCCGAUAAUACUCUUGACCGGUCUGCCAUAUGAGCGUCUGAACAUCUUUCACAGGUACGCUGGACGGCUCACCGUUGUCCUUGCGUUGAUCCAUGGAGGUCAGAAGAUGUCGGCAAUCGGUGGCGCUGGCCUGUCGAUGCCUUUCCUGCGCUGGGGAGUGGCGGGCUUGAGCAUGACCGUUGCCCUUCUCUGCACCUCUCACCGCUGGUCCAUGCGCGCAUCGUAUGAAGUCUGGUAUGCACUGCAUUUCUUGCUUGCUGUGUGAGUCUACGGCGCACGGCAGACAAGCGUCGAGGUUCUCUGAUGCGAGAACCCCUUGGCAUCCUCAGGGGACUACUCACGUCGUUGUGGUACCACAUGCCGUCUCAACGAAACUGGCUUGUAAGUCACUUGGGCCGCGUGCGUAUUUUAGAAGACUUACUCAUACUGUGAGCCUUCGCCUUCCAGUACGCAACGGUCGCUUUUUGGUGCUUUGAGCGCGCUGCGCGUCUCUUUCGUAUCGUGAUGUUCAACGACCUAUUGCGUCUUCGCACCUCUCAGACUCAGCCCGUGCACGUCGAGAUCAUUUCAUCGAACAUGUUGCGAGUCACUGUCCAGAAGGUGAGCGCAGUGUUCCUGAUGCCGUGGUCACGGAAGCUGACUGCUUUGGCGCUGCAUGGACGAACAGAGAGAUUUCCCAGCAUGGACGCCAGGGUCUCACGCCUACCUCCACGUCCCCUUCAUGAGCUUGUUCACGAUCUGGCCGCAAAGCCAUCCCUUCACCAUCGCUUCCAUACCUGCCUCUAGUCAUGCCGCCUUUCACAACGCGGAAGAGAGCUCGGCUUCGACACUCGCUGAUCACCACAGCUCAACUCCUAAUGACGAGUCUACAGGGGGAAGCAAUGCGAAUUCCAUCGCCCUCGAAGUGCUCGACAGCGCCGAAAAACGGCGACAGAAAUCGCCCGCUUUCUCACUUUCGAAUGGCCAGCUCACCUUCUUCAUACGAGCGCGAGCGGGCUGGACGCUGCAGCUGUACAAGUACGUCGCGUCUCACGGUGGACUCGACAAGACCUUGCUUCUCGACGGUCCUUACUCAGGAGCACCGCCUAUCACUGCGGCUUACGAAACCGUUGUAUUUUUUGCUGGUCAGUAUUUGCGAGAUGCUACAAGCGUUUCGAGUAAGCUGACAUUGUAUCCCCUUCUCUUGACCUUGAGCAGGAGGCAGCGGUGUCACUUGGACAAGUACGUGUUCUCCGUGCAGUGACUGCCAAUGACGCGUCUCCGCUGAGCGUAUGCGACCCUCUUCCUUCCACAGCUACCAUGCUGCUCGGCCUGCUGGAACAAGCGUAUCGAGAACCGGCCAAGGUAUCAGUCCGCCGUGUCGUGUGGAUAUGGAGUCUGCGAGGUGAGUCGCUGCGACCUGUUCCGUGAAGCAUUUUACGCAUCGUGCUAAAAUUAACGCUAAUCUCCUUGAUCUACAGCGGACGAGCAAGCAUUGGCGCAAGCUUUGAUUCGCAACAUUCCUGAGCCGCCGUCGCAGAUCGACCUAGACAUUCGGCUUCAUAUGACCGGCAAGCUCGAUGGGCCACUUCCCCUCCGGAUUCUCGGUGCUCCCGUUGCUUUCGCCAGACCCGACGUCGAAGCUGCGCUUCACGACGUUAUCCAAGAUGCGCGAGGGAGAGUAUGGGUGGGGGCUUCCGGACCUGUCGGGCUCAUCGAUGCUGUGCGUCGCUCGGCUCGUCGCGCAGUGCAACCAGGCAAGGUCCUUCGAGGACAAAUGGACGGUCAGAUCACCCUUCAUUUGGGUGAGUCGUGGAGUCUCGCAUGUGUGCAACGUCUUCCAUUCCUCAUCUCGAGCAAUGUUUGCCCCGCCUUUUGGACAGAGAAAUUUGGCUGGUAG